AUGGGGCUCCAAAGACAGGAGUCCGUCAAGGUGGCGAACGUCCUCGUUCCCCAACGCCUUUUGUCGACAAGAAAUAAGAACAAGGAAUGGAGGCCGCAGAUUGUCCAGAACCAGGAAGAUCAGGAUAUCGAGGCAGAAUUGAGCAAGGCCAGGAAUGUACGGGAUCGUCCUCGACCGGCAAGUGCCACUUACAACUCAUCUUCACAUGAGCUCGCCGCUCCCAAGCCUGUACACUUUAGCCGGCCCAGGAAGUUUAGCGAUCCCACCUCGGUCAGAUCAUCGGUCCUCACAGCUCAAGACAACCCCUUCCACGACGCGUCCAAACACAGAUCGACAGGCUCGUCGUAUCCCUCGUCUGUCCAUGAGUCCUUUGCCAACUUUGACUGGGAUGGCAAGAAGCAACACAACACUGCUAGCACCAGAACGAGUUCAUACACGGACUACUCCGAUGACCUAAAGCAGGAGCAACAACAGCAGCAUCAACAGUCACAAAUCCCUCAACGAUCCAACACGGUAAAGACUAUUGCAAAGGCAGUUCUUCCCGAUGCCGUCAUUGAGCGAGCUCGCAGCGUUGCGCACAGGGCGAGACGGGGUAGCAUGGUCGAGGUGUAUGAAAAGGCCAAGAUCCGCGGUAAGCAGCUGGAGCGCAAGAAAUGGGUGCAGGUGCUUUUCGAGUACACCAUCUACCUCCUCCUGCUAUGUUUCAUCUACUUUGUUCUCGUCGGCAUGCCCCUCUGGAAAGGUGCUGUCUACUGGCUGUACUGGGUCGUUUCCACCAAGUUUGUCAUCACUGGUGGUUGGUCCAUCACCAUUGGUAUCGCCCUCAUCUAUGCAUUUGCUCCGCUUCUCAUUCUUUUCGAAAAGGAGCCGCCCAUGGUGGAGAGGCCUGCUGAUUUCGACCUCAAGACUCUCCCCGGAGUUCACAACACUGCUCUGCUCAUCCCUUGCUACAAGUCAGAGAACAUCAUUGGACCGACCCUGGAGGCAGCAGUCAAGAUCUUCCCGCGUUCACACAUCUUUGUCAUUGCUAAUGGUAACUCGGAGACGCCGCUCGACAACACCGAGGAGGUCUGCCGCCGCUACGGCGUCAAGCACGUCUGGUCCAGCGUUGGCUCCAAGAUUGUUGCCCAGUACGUGGGUUGCUACAAGGCCAAGCGCUUUCAGAAUGUGCUCCUCAUUGACGACGACUGCGCGCUGCCCCCCAACUUCCCCGUCGUGAGCGACAGGCUCGUCGGCAAGAUCAAGAGCGUUGGCUACACGAUCAAGAGUGUUGGUCCCGAGUCCUCAAAGGGUACCUGGUGCCAGCAGGCCCAGGAUCUCGAGUACAAGCUGUCUGGUCUCCAACGUGCCUUUGCCGGCAAGGUCGGUAGUGCAACUUUCCCCCACGGCGCCAUUUCUCUCUGGGACCGCAAGUUCCUCGUCAAGACCUUCAACGACCACCCCGGCUACUCCGUGUCCGAGGAUUGGUUCUUUGGCGACAGUUGCCGUCGCCUCGGUGGUCGCAUCGUCAUGUGCUCGUCCGUCUUUGUCGAGACCGAGACCCCCAGCUCCGUCUUCUUUAGCAGCGGUGGCAGCCGUGGUGGCUUUGGUGAAAUGACCAUCUUCAGCCAGCGCUUCAUGCGCUGGAACUUCUUCUUCGUCAACGGCAUGUACUACAACAUGAAGUACAUUAUCAAGAGCUGGAACCUGGGCUGGUGGGAGAUUGGCGCCAAGAUCUUUGUCUUCCAAGAGGUCUACGAGACCCUGCUCUACCUGUUCACGCCCUUUAUCCUGCCCAUUUCGUUUAUUGUGCGCGCCGACUUUUGCGGCUACCUGCUGGCUGGCACCUGCGUCAUGUACUUUAUCAACGUGCUCAUCUUCAACGAAGUCCACCUGCGCCUACGCAACGAGCGCAUCAGCUGGACCGUCCUGAUCCUCUACUACAUGCCCUACAAGCUGAUCCUGACCCUGGUCAACGUCGCCUCGUGCUACUGGUCCCUCUACAAGUACGCCGCCUACUUUGCCAAGCGCCACCCCAAGAUCAUUGAGGACGAAAAGGCCGUCGAGGUCGCCAUGCGCGCCGACGCCGAAGAGGAUGUGUACGAGGAGAAGAAGGUCGUGUCCUACAGCAGCAGCACCGUGUCGUCGUCUUCCAGCUCGAACCGCAGCAGCGACUACAGCCGGUACAGCGAGCACGGCCUCCCGCACAUGACCGAGACCACCCAGCACCAGACGACGUACAGCAGCGUGGUCAAGAAGAGCAACCACCGACUCAGCUUUGUGCCCGGCGAGUCCGACUACAUCCCGCCGUCGCCGCAGCCGGGCAUCGAGGCCCGCGACUUUGGCGCUAGACACGAAGAUCCCCCAGUCAAUCCCUUUUUCCACCCGGACGAUGAGUCGUCGAGACGGGCCAAGGACCCCUCGGCUCAGAGCUGGGUAUAA